AAGAAAAGAGUAAUUGGUUUCAGAAUUGAACAGUUGGUCAGUCCUAAUGUGAGUGGACGAUUCAUGUAGUGUCAUGGAAACCACCAGAUGAUUGAUGACGAUUUUACCAGAGAGAGACGAAGUGUGAAAAAGGUGGCUGUGUGUGUGUUUCCUUUCGUUCUGACAUGCUGUGAUGUCCACCAAAUCAUCAUGAUGCUACAGGUCUAUGUUUUGUUUUUUGUCCUCCAUUUGUCUUCCUCAACACUUGUGUACUACGUAAAUGAAGAGCGGAAUCCUAUUUAUUCCAUUGGAAACAUCGGACAAGAUGCGAAUAUUUCCUCUAUGUCCGGCGUCACACAAGAAGUGCUACAAAGGAUGGAAUAUUCCUUCAUUGGGGGCAAUCAGGAAAUUUUCGAAAUUGAUCCUCGAUCUGGAAUUCUGACAGGAAAGAUGAAAAUCGAUCGUGAAGUGCUCUGUCCUCAUUUGAGAAAAUGUGAAAGGGAUUUGCGAAUUGCAGCGAGAAGUGGAAAUUUUUUCCUUACUAUAGAUGUGACAGUUCACAUAGAUGACAUCAAUGAUAAUGCACCAACUUUUCCUCAAACUUCAAUAUCAUUAGAAAUGUCCGAGGGAUCCUUCAUCAAUUCCACAUUUCCACUUUUGGGAGCUACAGAUAUUGACAUGGGACCAAACAAUUCUAUCACAGAGUACAAAAUGACUCCUAAUUCUGGAAUGUUUGCGUUGGACACAAUUCCCAAACUAGAUGGUACUUCGGAUCUCAAUUUAAGGCUUAUUCAAUCAUUGGACAGAGAACUAGUUGAGAAAUAUACCAUUUAUGUCAGUGCCUUGGAUGGGGGAGAUCCACCAAAAUCUGGAACCCUUACUGUGAAUAUUUCAGUAACUGACAUCAAUGACAAAGCUCCAAUUUUUACUCAACAAAUGUACAACGUGACCAUUAAAGAGGACAUGCCGAUGAAUUCCCUUAUUGUGCAAGUUACUGCAAAUGAUGGCGACAUUGGACGGAAUGCAGAGGUCUCGUAUAAAUUUGCCACAAUUCAGACAGAUGAUAUCAACAUUUUCCACAUGAAUUCAGCUUCAGGGGAAAUAAAGCUGGUGGGACCUCCAGAAUACAGCUUGACUCCAUACGAGAUAAUUGUGGAAGCCGUCGACAAUGGUGAACCAUCCAGGAAAAGCAGUCAGGCUCAAGUGAUUAUCAACAUCAACGACACCAACAACAAUGUUCCAGAAAUCAGCAUUAAUGUUCUGUCCGAGUAUGACUAUGCCAUCAUCAAGGAAAACGCCAACAAGGGAGACAUAGUGGCUCAUGUGGAGGUAAAGGAUGCUGACACUGGAAUCAAUGGACACGUUUCCUGUCAUAUUGUAGAUAAUCCUUAUUUUAAGCUCCAACCCAUGGAAAACACACCAAAUGAGUUUAAGGUGGUAGUGAAUGGUACCUUGGAUCGAGAAGAUAUUAUUGAACAUAUUGUCACUGUGUACUGUGAGGAUGGUGGAUCUCCUGCCUUGAAUUCAACAAAGAGCUUCAAGGUGCAGAUUCAGGAUCAAAAUGACAAUACUCCUCAAUUCAUCAACAGAAUUUAUCCGUGUGAGAUUUAUGAAAAUGAACCCAAUGGGACAGUAGUAGUCAAAGUGAGUGCAACAGACAAUGACCAAGGUCCCAAUGCUAAGGUCCGCUACUACAUCAAUCCAAAUGGUCAAUUGGAUUUCAGAAUCGCAAACCCAGUGGAUGGAAUAAUCACAACCAGACACUCUUUCGAUAGAGAAAAAAUCAGCCAUUUUAAUUUUACUGUCAUCGCUGUUGAUGGAGGCAACCCAGUUGCACUGACUGCCACGGCAACCAUUCUGGUGACCAUUUUGGACAAAAAUGACAUCACACCAUAUUUUGAUUCUGAUGUCUUUGAAUUCAGAGUUCCAGAAGAAAUAGCUAAUUUGACCACCAUUGGAUUUGUGAAAGCUAAAGAUGAAGAUGCUGGUGAAAAUGGAAAUGUGACUUUUGUCAUGGACAGUCAUUCACUUGGGAGAGUGCCUUUCCUGUUGAAACCAAAUGGAGAAAUUAAGAACAUAAAGAGACUUGAUCGAGAGCAGGUUGAGGAUUACAAUUUCACUGUCAUUGCUAGGGACAAUGGAGUUCCUUCCCGAAGCAGCAGUGCUACAGUCAUUGUGAAGCUGACAGAUAUCAAUGAUAAUGAACCAGAAUUCAUAUUCCCUAACAGUGUAAACUACUCUGUCAAUCUAUCAUACUUGGCCAAAGUUGACAGCAUUGUUGCUACCAUUAGUGCUGUUGAUCCUGACAAAGAUGUGAAUGCAGAAAUCAGAUUCAACAUCAUUGAAGGAAAUCAGGAAAAUCUAUUUAAGAUUGAUACUUAUUCUGGAGAAAUAUUUUUAGCCAGAAAAAUCCAUAUCUAUGAAAUUCGAAUUUAUGAUCUUCUGUUGACUGCAACUGACCAAGGAUCUGUGCAGCAGAAGACGUCUCGGCAGUUGUUUUCAAUCCAUAUAAAGUUUGUAAACACCACAGCAGUGGCUCAAAAAAUUGUAGAAGACGAGCCUCAAAACCUCAUCAUUGCCAUAGUGAUAGCUAUUGUGACCUUUGUUCUUUCUGUUGCCAUCAUCAUCACCAUCUGUGUCAUCAGACGAGCAGACGUCAAGAAGCACAACUAUCGUGCCAAAAACAUGGAGGAGAUGAAAAUCAUGGAGACAAUGGGUCGUAACAGCAGUACCCGGUCUUCCUCUUCCAGAGGAUCAACAGACCAUAUCAUUCCUCACAGAGACUUUAACCGAAACCGAAAAGAGGUCAGCUUUUCUCUGGAAGAUGACAGCUUCUCUUUCCGUCAUCCAAGCAACAGCCCUAGCAUGUCUACCUUCAAGUCGAGUCCAGUAGAUCCUCAGCCCCCUUCAAUCCAACACACAAGAGAAGACAGCACACUGUCUGACAAGAAUGCCAGGAACAUCAACAGAAUGGAGUCGCUCAGACUUCAACAGAGGAUUCUACAAUCCAAGGAUCAACAGCAAUGGCAACAGGAAGAGAGAGUAAAGAAUAUGCCUUAUAUGGAAAUUGUUGGCCCUGGAGCAUCAGAGUGUAAGGGAGAUAACCACAGUGAUUUGUCCGAGGAGUCCCUGACUGGGGACAGCGGGCGGGGUGGGAGUGAGGAGGACGUUCGGAACAGCGGGCUCCCUCAUAGCGAUUCCACAGGUGUGGAUCAUAGAUCAACAAGAUCUCGUCAUUUGUCUGUGGCCAACAGCAGCGGUGUUUCUUCCAUAGGCUCUCAUUCCCUCUCCCAACACAUGAACUUCUCCACGUUUGGACGUGGGUCUCCGUCAGAAGGCUUGUCUACGUUUCCUCGUAAUGCGGGGACUAAAAAUGUUCUCAAUGUUUCCAGACACCCUUCCUCAAGCUCAGUGAAUCAGAGCUGUAAGGUUCAUAGACUCCAUUCUGAGCACUACUCACCUCAGAGAAAACCUCUACGAGACAUUCCCUCUGUGCCAAGGUCAUUCACUGGAGACAGACUACACAGAGCUCAAAAUCAAAGUUUAGUGCGUUAUGAUGACUCGUACUGUGAAAGUUGCAAUACAACGGCAAGAGACGAUGACGACGCCACAACGACAUCAGGCAGCUAUACUAUCAACCCCGAUGAUCUGUGCAAUGAUAUUGACAAUCUCUUUUUCAAAUCUGACACUGUUGUUUGAUGCUUACUAAGGAAAUAAUGUUGUAAAACUGUAUGAAUUGUGAUAUUUCAUUGUAUUUAUUGAAAUUUUGAUGUUCAAAUCUUGCCAAAGUCUCAUCAUGUGUUGAAUUAUUGUAACCAAAGCUUAUCAUAUUUUGUCUUCCAUUUUGAUCUUUGGUAAUCAAGUGUGUGUACAUGUGGGUGUGUUGAAGAAAGCAAGAGAGAGAGAGAGAGAGAGAGAGAGAGAGAGAGAGAGAGCUGUUACACUGCCAUGUCAGUAUGAGGUCAAAUGCACAGCUAGUCCAAUCAGAAGAUUGAUUCAGAUUUCAAAUCAUACUCAAAUUUUUACGUUGUCUCUUUACUUGUCACAUUAGGAUUUUUACUGACAUUUCUUUUCAUUAAGGUGAUUAAAUGAUCGAUGCAUAGAUGAUGAUUGUAAAAAAGGUUAAUGAUAAGUGCUGUGCGAAUAUAUAAUGGUGUUAUUAGUGUAGAUGGACUUUUAAAUUGUAGACUUUGUUUUCUGUUUUGUAAUCAUCUUAGUAUUGAAAUACAUGUAUGAGUAUUCACAUCAAAUGUGAUUUUUCAUGUAGGGUAGAAAGAUUAAAAUCUGAGUUAUUUCCCUUUAAACACAAACCACAAUAUUCACCACAAAUCAAUGGUGGUUUUAAAAUAUGAUUUUGGUUUGCUUUCACGUAUACAGUUUGCAACUUGCAUGUGCGGUACAAGGGGAUUGUUGUGACACAGAAGUUUUCAUUGUCGAAGCAUUAAAUAUGCAAUGUAUUUAUGCUAGUUUUUAUGUACACCUUGUGAAUAUUCAAAAUAAUUGUACAAAAAAUCUUGAGAGAAAAAAAUUGAUAUUAAAAAGCAAUAAAAUAUGAAACUGA